GCCCGCCCGCGCGCCGCCCGCCCUCCUCCCGCUGAGCCGGCCCCGGCCAGUCGUGAACAUGGCGCUUGUGCCCUGCCAGGUGCUGCGCGUGGCCAUCCUGCUGUCCUACUGCUCUAUCUUGUGCAACUACAAGGCCAUCGAAAUGCCCUCGCAUAAGACCUACGGAGGGAGCUGGAAAUUCCUGACGUUCAUUGAUCUGGUUAUCCAGGCCGUCUUUUUUGGGAUCUGUGUACUGACUGACCUUUCCAGCCUUCUGACAAGAGGGAGUGGGAACCAGGAGCAAGAAAGGCAACUGAAGAAGCUCAUCACUCUCCGGGACUGGAUGCUGGCUGUGCUGGCCUUUCCUGUUGGGGUUUUUGUGGUGGCAGUGUUCUGGAUCAUCUACGCCUAUGACAGAGAGCUGAUUUACCCGAAGCUGCUGGAUAAUUUUAUCCCGGGGUGGCUGAAUCAUGGAAUGCACACAACGGUUUUGCCCUUUCUCUUAAUUGAGAUGAGGACAUCGCACCAUCAGUAUCCCAGCAGGAGCUGCAGCCUCCCGGCCAUAUGUACCUUCUCCGUUGGCUAUAUAUUAUGGGUGUGUUGGGUGCAUCAUGUCACCGGGAUGUGGGUGUACCCUUUCCUGGAACACAUCGGCCCAGGAGCCAGAAUUAUCUUCUUUGGCUGUACAACCAUCCUGAUGAACUUCUUAUACCUGCUGGGAGAAGUUCUGAACAAUUACAUCUGGGACACACAGAGAAGUAUGGAAGAAGAGAAAGAGAAGCCUAAAUUGGAAUGA